UGGCAAUCCCUCUCGCUUGUUUGUUUAUAUAUAUAUAUCUAUUGUUUAUAUGUGUGGACGAUGAUUUUUUAGUUGCUGGACUGUUCAGGGUUUAUUCUUGUGUGUUCUUUGGAAGCGUUCUCCAAUGAUUUCUCCAUCACCUGUGGAACUCCUGCAACCCAUGAACUGGAGUCCCAAUGUGGGCAAUCACAGCAUGUUCGACCGAAGGCGCUCGACCGUGCGAAACAUUCGGCAGAGUCUGGUGUUAGAACUUCUUGGUGAGCCUAAUGUGGCCCUGCAGAGCUACCAGCCCCGGUCUCCAGAGGAAAACAGCUCAUUGCAAAACUCGAUCCAAGACUGGGGAGAAGAGGUAGAGGAAGGAGCCAUUUACAACGUUACCCUCAAGAAAGUCCAGAUACAACAAGCGGCUAACAAGGGCGCAAGAUGGCUGGGGGUGGAACGAGACCAGAUACCCCCAGGACACACCAUCAGUCAGUUUGAAACCUGCAAAAUCAGGACAAUCAAAGCGGGGACAUUGGAAAAGCUCGUCGAGAAUUUGUUAACUGCCUUUGGGGACAAUGAUUUUACCUAUAUCAGUAUAUUUCUGGCAACGUACCGAGCGUUUGCCUCUACAAAAGAUGUACUGGAGCUAUUACUGGACAGAUACGGAAAUCUUGACUGUCCAAACUGUGAGGAAGAUGGAAGUCAAAGUUCUCCUGAAACGAGAACUGUAAUCAGGAAUGCUAUAGCCUCCAUUCUGCGGGCCUGGCUGGACCAGUGCUCCGAGGACUUCCGAGAGGUUCCAGAUUACACGUGUCUGCACAAGUUGCUGGUCUACCUGGGACACAAGAUGCCAGGCUCUGACCCUGAGCGACGAGCCCAGAAUCUCCUCCAGCAGUUCCAGAAGCAGGACCAAGCCGAUCAGGAGCUGGAUGAUGGUUAUCAUGCCAACAUCACUUUCAGCCUGGGAGAGGAAGGGGAUGUGGAGAUAGAUGGUGUUGAAGAAAAGCAGGAUUUCCUCUCCUUCCCAUCGGAUACAGUGGCAGAGCAACUGACUUACAUGGAUGCUGACCUCUUCAAAAAGGUGGUCCCCCAUCAUUGCCUCGGCUGCAUCUGGUCCCGACGAGACAAAAAGGGCAACAAGCACUUAGCUCCAACCAUCAGGGCAACGAUCACGCAGUUCAACGCGCUCACGAAGUGCGUGAUCAGCACCACGCUGAGGGACGUGCAGCUGAAGCCGCAGCAGAGAGCCAAAAUCAUUGAGAAGUGGAUCGACGUUGCCCAGGAAUGCAGGAUUAUGAAGAAUUUCUCUUCACUCCGCGCUAUCCUUUCAGCCAUGCAGUCGAACCCCAUCUACAGAUUAAAGAAGGCCUGGGCUAAUGUAACCAAGGACAGCAUGUUGAUGUUUGAAGAGCUUUCAGAAAUAUUCUCUGAUCAAAAUAACCAUCUGACCAGCAGAGAGCUGCUAAUGAAGGAAGGAACGUCAAAAUUUGCCAAUCUGGACAGCAAUGUGAAGGAAAACCAGAAACGGACCCAGAAAAGGUUACAGUUGCAAAAGGACAUGGGUGUGAUGCAGGGAACUGUCCCCUAUCUUGGCACUUUCCUGACAGACUUGACCAUGCUGGACACUGCUCUCCCUGACUAUAUUGAGGGUGGCCUGAUCAACUUUGAAAAGAGACGACGGGAGUUUGAGGUGAUUGCACAGAUCAAGCUGCUGCAGUCCGCCUGUAACAGCUACUACAUCAGCCCGGACCAGAGGUUCAUUAAAUGGUUCCAACGUCAGCAACGCUUCACCGAUGAAGAAAGUUAUAACAUCUCCUGUGAAAUCGAACCAACAACCGAUGCGAGUCCUACAUCUCCGAAGCCCAGGAAGAGCAUGGUGAAGCGUCUCAGCUUGUUAUUUCUAGGGUCAGAAGUUAUCACAAACACUCCAACUAAGGGCUCUGACCAACCCAAGUCUCCUCCAAGCGGGAGUUCUGGAGAAAGCAUGGACUCUGUGAGUGUCUCGUCGUCAGACUCCAAUAACUCAGAGAUUGAGGAAGUCAGCAUAUCUCCUACUGAGACUCCGGACGGACCCCCCAAAAAGCUCUCUGAAUCUUUAUCAUCCUGCUCAUCCAUACACUCUAUGGACACGACGUCUUCUGGCGUCUCGUCCUUAAUCAGUAUCAUGUCGUCAUCACCAUCGCUCUCCCACAACCCCAAGCUCCACAAGCGCUCCAUCUCGGUGACUUCCUGCAGUUCCACAUUCUCACUUCCUGUGUACAACCAGCAGAAUGAAGAUACCUGUAUAAUCCGGGUCAGCCUUGAGGACGACAACGGAAAUCUGUAUAAAAGCAUCUUGUUGACCAGCCAAGACAAGACGCCUAUAGUCAUCCAGCGGGCCAUGUCCAAGCACAACUUAGAAACUGAGCACCCAGAGGAUUAUCAGCUCAUCCAGGUCAUUUCAGAGGACAGAGAGUUGGUGAUCCCUGAUAACGCCAAUGUGUUUUAUGCCAUGAACACCUCAGUGAACUUUGAUUUUAUCCUGCGAAAAAGGAACCCGAGCAGGCAGGUCAAGCUGCGGAGUCGCUCCAGCUCCACCCUGCCCAGAGCGGCCAAAAAGGGAAUACUGACUAACCGACUAAGCAAGGUCACCCUCUGAGGAGAGUACCUACCGCGGCAGCCUUGCCUGCCCACCUUCAGAGCUACCACUCAGUAUUGAGCGCUGUAGAAUGUAUGAGAUUGAUUUGCCUUGGCAGUAUUCUACCUUAUUUACCUGAAGCGCACGGAACAGCAUUGUCAGAACGUCCACAAGCCCCCCCUUUUGGAAAAGGAAUGCUUACCUGCUAUCGACCUGUUUUGCACAGCAGCCUUUGGGCAGACUCACAAGGCUGGACUUUGUACAGGGACCACAAAGAUUCCCAGCAUCUACCAGGCCAGCCGGUGAAGACUGUGUGCCCAACCACACACACACGCACACCCCCACACAUACACACACCCAACACAUACACCCACACAAACCUCUCCCCACCCCCAACCCCCCUCCGUGUGAAUGGAUUGAAAGAGAUAUGAAAAUCUUUCUCGUACUCGCUAAAUGUGCGGUUGACAUUACUUUAGGUUCAUUCAUGGUAAUUUUUAUAUACGAUAAAGAAGGCAACAUUGGCCAGAUGAUGAAUGCUGAGACAUGGUGUUCGGAUUGGCCUCUUGACUCUUCAGCAGAUCUUCCUGCCUUUUCUUCCCUCGCAGUUUAAUCUCUUGUGGACACGACAGGACCAGUCACAGACUUGAAGAUGAUGGCAGGAGGCAGCGGUUGGGUGGGGAGAAAGCGUUAUUGCCAAUAUUGCACUUGUUUUGAGGUUUGGGUAUACUUUUCAGCUUUAUACUGAACUGUUUUGUAUGUAUAUUUGUAAAUGUCAGCCUUUUUAUUUUCCCAUCAAAAAAAAAUCUUUAAAUAGAUGCAGAGGGAACCACCCACCUGAGAUCAAUUUCGUCACUAGUAUUUUCUCUCUCCUCGUUUUUUUAGAUUUAAUUACUUAUUAAACUGCCAUUAUCUCACAUUACAUUGCUCAUUUAAUCUGUUUUUUGAGGGGAAAAAAAGCAUCAACCUUUGCACGUCAACACCCUUUGAAAGUCGCCAUUACCAAUCGGGAACUAAAUCAUCGACCUCUUGAUACAUUUAGUGCAAUCACUUCUCAGGUGUAGAACUGUGUUUAUUAUUGCACAUGUGCAUCCAUCUAUGUGUUUCAAACCACGU